AUGGCUCGGCUAGGCGGUCGCGAUCUGAUCCCCCUCCCUCCAUCAGGCUUGGUGUACGGCGGCGGCGGCUUCGGCUUUGGUGGCUUCUAUGGCGACGACGACGUUGACGAGGUCUACCCACUGCCACCGAGACGACCCCCAGGCGUGUUGAUUCGCCAGCCAACCAUCCGCCGCACCUCGCGAGACAUCCCCUUGCCCGACUCGUAUCCUUAUCCGCCCACGCCGCUUCCCCAACCGACCCGGUUUCCUGAACCGCCGCGAGGAUUGGCCCAGCAUACGCAGAGCAUGAAAUUCACGCCGUGGAUCCUGAACCUGGCUUCCGAGACGCACAAAUGCGCAGAUCUGAACUUAUUCCGCCUGCCUCGGCGGGUGCCCAGAGAGUCGACUCCCGCCGGUAGUAGCAGUGGUCGCGGCGUGCAGCAAGGCCAACGUCAACAAGACCCGCAGAGGAGGAGGCGCGGCACGGUGGUGCUCCCGAUCCAGCCGGGGCCCAAGCGCCAGAUCGAAUUCGACGUCAGCGUCAUGACCCUGUCGAACGUGCUGUACACGCCGGGGGCAGAGUAUUCGGAGCUGAGCUGGAAGCUGCUCGCGCAGCAAGGAUUCACCAGGCACGUGCUGCACCACGACCAUAUGCACGACGUGACACACGUAUCCUCGCCGCGGCCGCCGCGUCGACCGCCCACAACGGCCGUGGAGAUCGGCUGGCGCGGCAUCCGACGCGUGCAAAUGCCAACUUCACUCUCCAGUCCGAGCUCUCGUCCCCCGCGAAGCCGGUACCCUGACCCGCGCGGACCCGGCCCCAACGACCGCUGCGGCCGGCUGGACAAAGAAUCCAGCGUGAUCCGCCACCGCGGCCUGCCCGGCGUGGACAUCCUGUGGGUCGGGUACGACAAGUUCAUGGACCCGCGCCACGUGCACGUGCACAUGACCGCCGCGGCCAUGGUGGACGUGCGCCUGUGGAGCUGGGGCGUCGAGAUGGGCGUCGUGGGCAAGAGCGCCGGGUUCCGCGGGUGGGUGGACUGGAUUGGGCCGGACGACAACGCCGCGGGCGCGGGCGCGCAAGCAGAUGGGAAUGGCAAUGGCAAUGGAGAAGGGAACGCGGAUAGUGGUGAGGACCUCUUCCGCAAGAUCGUCCAGGGCGGGUUGCGCGCCGGGGAGGACUUGGGUGUCGUGUAG